AUGGGUUUGCUUAAGGGAUGGAACGCGAAGAGAGAAGUGGAUAAAUUUGGAAAAUUGGAAAAAAAAAUACCAAAGCCUUUAACAAGAGUUGGUUGUCCUGAACGCCUGAGGGUCAAUUUAGACAAGUCUACGAACUUAUGGGUUGUACGAGACUUUGAGCCAGAGCAUAAUCACAAUUUAGCUUUGCCUCAUGAAAUCCAAUUCUUGAGAUCAAACAAGAAGGUCACUCAAGCAAUUGGUCAACCAAUUAUGUCAAUGAGAAGAUCGGGAAUACGAACUUGCUACAUAAUGAAUCACUUAGCUCAGGAAAGAGGAGGUCAGGAUUAUGUUCCUUUCCAAAAAAGGGACCUUUACAAUUGGAUUGGUCGAAAUGGACGACCUACGGAAAUAGAAAUAAACUCUGAGGGAGCAUUGGGAUACUUAGAAUGUCUAGCAAAACGAGAUAUUGAGUUUUAUGGCAUUUAUAGCACAGACAACAAUACAAGGCUAGCUAAUCUUUUUUGGUGUGAUGGGGUGUCGAGGCAGUAUUACCAAACUUUUGGAGAUGUUUUGGCUUUUGACACCACAUAUAAGACAAAUGCUUACAACAAGCCCUUACUCAUGUUUGUUGGUGUCAACCAUCACUUUCGAACUAUUAUGUUUGGUUGUGCUUUAUUAUGCGAUGAGAGUGCCUCGACAUUUGUCUGGGUUCUUCAGUGCUUCUUGAAUGUAAUGAACAAUAAACAUCCUAAGGUAGUUGUCACCGAUGGAGAUAAAGCAAUGCGAGAAGCAAUAAUAAAAGUAAUGCCAAAUACAGUGCAUCGUCUUUGUGGUUGGCGUCUAUCGACCAAUGCAUCAGCUAAUUGCACCAAUCCUUCAUUCAUGCAAGCAUUUAACCAUCUAAUGUAUCAUUAUUUCAUGGAUGAACAAGAAUGGGAGGACCAAUGGAAAUCAGUCAUUGAAGGUUUUCAAUUAGAAGACAAUGGCUGGAUGAAGACUCAAUACAAAAGGAAAACAAAUUGGGCGGAAACUUUUCUUCGAGGUAACUUUGUUGACGGAUUAAGAACAACCCAGAGAUGUGAGUCAACAAAUUCUUAUUUGAAUCAAUUCUUGACGAGUAAUUUGUGGCUAAGUGACUUUAUUGGACAAAUAGAUGCGGCAUUGCAGACUUUGCGUCAUCAAGAGAUGCAAGAUGACUUUCGAAGCAAUCACACAUCACCACAGCUUCUGAACCAUGUCUAG